AUGCCUCGUCAAUUCGCACCCUCGAUGGGUCUUUUCGUCAUCCUGGUCUCCUUCUUCAACCACUUGGCCCCCGCCUUGGCUCACAUCGAGAUGCUCCAUCCUUACGUGAGUCCACCAUUACCAUCACCAACUCUUGGUCCUUCGGUCGGGCAUAAAAUUGCGCAGUGCCGAAUCGGGGCAGAUGGGUCCUCGGCAAGCGCGGCGCUCCGACGAGGGGAGUGGGAUCCGUUGGACAUGGUCGACUCGAAAAGCCAUCUCGCUCUUUCGAGGGUUACAGGAUCAUCCUUCUCCAUGAAACAGGGUUGCUGACACGGCCCCAUAUCCCCACCUGAUUCUGAUCCUACAGGCCAUCAACUCCAAGUAUGAUCCGGUAAGUGUAUCGAAACUAAGCGUGGUGGCCCUUAGAUGAAUAAGAGACUGACUUGACUUGAAUGUCCGGUUUGUGUACCUACCCAGCAAACGCUCGAAGCGAACAAGGACUAUAGCAUGACCUCACCUCUCUUCUCCAACGGAGCCAACUACCCCUGCAAAGGCUACAACACCCCCUCCGCGUACUCGACUCUGAACUCCGUCGACACCCUCGUCUCGGGAACGUCGUACACGGUCGAAUUGGCAGGCAGCGCCGUCCACGGUGGUGGAUCAUGCCAGUUCUCCGUCUCCUACGACCAAGGCAAGACGUUCGCGGUCAUCGCUUCCAUCAUUGGGGGUUGCCCGAUCGGGCUUAAAUUCACGAUCUCGAUCCCUAACCUCCCUUCGGCGAAGAAGGCGACCUUCGCUUGGACGUGGUUCAACCUCAUCGGCAAUCGCGAAGAGUACAUGAACUGCGCCAUCGUCGAUAUCCAAGGACCCAGCCAGCAGACCUCGUACACCGGUCCCACUCCUUUCCGAGCCAACACGCUCGCCGAUGGAACGUGCACCACGACCGAGGGACAGGAGGUCGUCUUCCCCAACCCCGGAAAGUCGGUGCAAUACCUCGGCACCUCGACCAAGUCUACUCCUGCGACCGUGCUGAACAGCUGCGCUUUUGAUCAAGACAACACCGUCGUCAUCGCUCCUUCCGGCGGGUCGAGUCCUUCCUCCACGACGAGCGCCGGCGUCUCCUCUUCGACGACGACAACUACGAGCUCAAGCACCACCACGACCUCCACCGCCUCGUCGACCAACGCUUCGCCGACCAGCACUUCCCGAACCACGAUCACGUUCGCCUCCACCACUACUGCUACACCCACAACCAAGUCGUCAACGACUACGAAAACCACAACGAAGAAGACGACGACAACAAAGAAGACCACGUCGAUCAAACGCGACUCGACCAAGACCGCAGCCACUCCCUCACCGACUGCGGCAGCGCAAACGACCUACCUUCGAUGCGACUCUCCGACGAUGUUCUCUUUGUGCUUGACUCCUGCGAAAGGGUCGACCCAACCGACGUGUUUCUUCAUGGGCAACGUCGCGGCUGGGACGGUGUGCUCCGAUGGGCAGAUCAUCUUCGCGCCAUGA